CAAGAGCGAGCCUGAGUGUCUCUUGUUAUCGUGGUUAGUGCUGCGCGUGAUCAGAAAGUAGGAAGGACCACGACUGAAAUAGAAAUCAGGAUGGUGGUCUGUCUUGUUGCCGGUGCUACCGGUGCCACGGGUGUGCAUAUUGUCGCUGAGUUGCUGCGAAUGCCUGCGGUCGAGAAGAUCCUGCUCCUGAAUCGGCGGCCAUGGCGAGAGUUAGAGAAGAGCACAGCGGAGCUGUGGAAAAGCACGGGUAAAGUAGACGAAAAACUGAUUUGGGACGAGUGGGAUUUGUGGAACGACGCCCAGUUAUGGCGUUUUCGAUAAUUCGCUCCGCUUAUACUGACCUGGUGUAGUACUUACUAACGGAUACGGAUAGACUCCUUAGAACAAACACCACCUCUAGUACAAAUGUACAAUCAUCAGCAUGAUGAUCAUGCAGUACUGCUGGUUUUCAUCAGGAGAAGACUUUUGAGGGGAUAUGCCAUUUGGAUUUUUAUCUGGAGAAAUGAACAGUGUGUGCCUAUGUCCAAGGACGACAUGAAGUAGAUAGAUUUUUGUGAUUGAGUUAAAGUAGGCGCCCGCUAACCCAAUGGCGAAGCUCCCUCGCAAGGUCUCCCAGUGUUGUUCCUUUCCUUCACGGCAAGGCCGGUUCAGCAGCAUCUACCCCACUAGAGCCAGAUGAUGAGGACACGGUGGCAGCUCUUCGCAGCACGAUGACAGGUGACGGCGUCAAUAUCGUUUUUACCGCGUUGGGCACAAGCCGCGCGAAUUCUGAAGUGAAAGCAGAUAUGGCUGCGGCGGCAGCCGAAACUGGUCACCAAUUAUGCAUGAAGUAAAAUGUUGUAGAAGUAGGGGAGUCGAAGUACUAAAAGAUGAUUUCUAUUUUUGGACAUUUGAACGUUCCUGUAAAAUGUGUCAUCUUCUGACAAUGUGCACAACUAUAAAUAUGAAUCUAGUAAGACGGCGAGGGAGUAUAUGAUAGGAGAAGGUGUCGUUCUUUGUCACAAAUGGUGAGGCCUCUAUCCUACGUCUGUAUAUGUGAGUGCAUUCGUCCCUUUGAGUUGUUUUGACAUGAUCUAAUGAUUGGUCCCGGGUUCGAAAGGUGGCUAAGUGAAGUCGAUUACCGUCGUAAUUACCUUCUAGCGCGCGCAGCCAACGUGCCUCCUGCGAAGGCCCCACGCUUUGGUCCUACAAUCUUCAGCCGCAUUUCCGCAGCGAAUGCAAAUGCGACUGCCGAUGUGGUUGCGGAGAAGACCUUUUCCUACUAUUCCCGCUACCAAGGAUUAGCGGACGAAGCCGUAGCGCGGGCUCUCUCUGGCGGGAAGAUGAUCGGACACAUCCUACGACCCGGUGCCCUAGAUCGGGGAGACGAGUUUCGUGCGAAAAGGGAAUGUAAGACAACUACCGCAAAUGCAUCCCUAACUCUAAUUUCCUUGAAGAUGUUAUUGGCUACUUAUGUUUGUAAAAAUGGAAGCUAGACGUAGGAGCAGACUUACUCUGACAAAUAGAUAAGAAGAGAGGAAUGCAGAGGCGGUAGUUCUAAGGAAUGGGAAGUAGCGCGAAAUGCGACUCAGGGUCCGGGACUUUCGGUGGUUCGUUUGGCUAAGGUUGCAGUUCACAUGGCUUUGUCCGAAUACCAAAAGAAAACGGCGACACUGGAAGACGUAAAACGGCGUCCAUCACCGGAGGAGCAAGUCGUGUACGUCGACGAGGCGACUAUCCGUGGCUACGAUCUCUCGCAAAUUACCUACCCCCCGAUAGACGUAGAACAUGAAGAUGAAGAAGAUCUGUAGAAGACAGUACAAGUAGACUACUUCGCAUUUUAUUUGAUAUGGAUGCAUAUUUAUAUGAUCAUAUCAAGAAAAAGAGUAAGAGGAUUUUUUGCAGGGGUACUUGAAGUGGUAGAGUACGGAUGUCACUGGUUCGAUGCCUUGACACGUUCCCAAAAGGCCUAGGAAUUGCCACGCCGUCUCUUGUAAGUGCCUAAUGUCCUUCUGGCGUGAUGUUCAAUCCAAGGAAUGAGGAAGAGUGAUUCUCUCG